AUGAACGUUUCUCGACCACCGCCACCGGGCGGCGGCGGUGGGCCUCCGAAUCCACCGGGAAUGCCAACUUUAACCACCUUACAAAGUGACGUUGCACUAUAUGGCUAUCCUCUACUCUACAUUCUCGCCAUCGUUGGUCAUACAAGCAGUUUGCUCAUCUUUCUUCGACCUACUCUUCGUCAUGUAUCGACCAGUUGUCUAUUCAUUGCACUUACUAUCUCUGAUUCUGUCUAUCUUCUCGUCAGUAUCUAUGAUUUUAUUAAUACGGGUUUUCGACGACCUGAUUCAUCGGCAGAUCCAUCGGCUACAUGUCGUCUUCGUACAUUUGUUCAAUCAACAUUCAUGUGUUGUAACGCAUGGUUACUCGUAACAAUUUCGGCUGAUCGAUGGGCACGCGUACGAUUUCCAUUCAAAUCAAAACAAAAGUGUACACGAAGAAAUGCACUCUUGGUAAUAAUAGGCAUACUUAUCGCUGCUGCUGGUUUGAAUGGUCAUUUUCUUGUACCUCAAAUAUUCGGACGAUUGCCAGCAGGUGUUAUGACAGUAUGUGGUGCCAGUAUGGUGAAUCCCAACUAUUUCCAAUUUUUCCGUCGAACUUGGCCUAUUCUCUUCUCGUGCCUUCAAACUCUUAUUCCCGUUAUUCUUUUGCUCAUCUUCUCUCUUGACACGUUUCGGCGUUUGGCUCGAAAUUCUAUCGUUCAAGAUAGGGCACGUUCCCGGCGUCGUGCUUAUCUUGACAAGCAAAUGUUAUUGAUUAUGCUCACCAGUAUUACAUUGUUUGCGAUUACUACUGUACCUGUAGGCUUGUAUAAUAUCUUGCAACCAACUGUACUUCGUUCAUUAAUGACACAAACACAACAACUGGAACUUUUUUCCAUAUGUACAUUUGUGGCCGGCAUCAGCUACACCAUAGGUUUCUAUUUACACUGUUUGACAAGUCCUCUAUUUCGUCAAGAAUUUAUGCACGUGAUCAAAUGGGGACGGAGUCGUGGACGAGUAGUUCCAAUAACGGAAACAGACAGGAUGACGGGUACAGUAGCCACAGUGACACGAGUGCACAAAUGA